AUGAGUAUUAUAUCGAUAAUAAAAAAAAAAUGCCAGAAAAACGAAUUGACCGACGACGAGAUCAAAUUUUUCGUAAAAUGUACAGUGGAUGGAUGUAUAGAUCAAUGUCAAAUCGGAGCGAUGUUAAUGGCCUUGUAUUUAAACGGCUUGACCAAUGCCGAGGUCUACAACAUGACCACGGCUAUGGCGAAUUCAGGCAAAAUACUCAAAUUUAGAUCGUCUGCAAUCGUCGUGGAUAAACACAGCACCGGAGGCGUCGGGGAUAAAGUCUCAAUUCCGCUAGUACCUGCGCUGAGUGCCGCCCAAGAAGAUUUUAUUAUACCUAUGGUGUCGGGCAGAGGACUCGAGUUUACGGGUGGCACGUUGGACAAACUCGAGAGUAUUCCUGGAUUUUCCUCGUUUAGUUUCGACGACCAACAGCUGUUAGACAUGGGCAAUAAUUUUGGAUGUUUUAUUGUUGGCUCAGACGAUUUAUCGCCGGCCGAUUCUGUUCUAUACACAGCUCGAGAUGUCACUGCCACGGUCGACAAUGCUGGAUUAAUUAUAGCGUCUAUAAUAUCUAAAAAAGCAGCCGCCGGUAUUAAAUAUUUAGUACUCGAUUUAAAAGUAGGAUCAGCAAGUUUUUUCCAUUCAAUCGACGAAGCUAAAUCCUUUGGAAAGCAAUUUGUUAUAGUGGCUAAACUGAUGGGCAUUGAAUGUAGAGCAUUGAUGACUAGAAUGUCAGCACCAAUUGGUAAUUAUGUUGGUAAUUCUUUGGAAAUAUUAGAAUCCAUAAAUUGUUUGAGGGGAAAAGGGCCGAAUGACUUACAAGCUCUCGUUGAACUAAUCGGCGGACAUCUAUUAGAAAUGACUCAUAAAGUAAGUUCGGUGAAUGAAGGUUGUAAGCGGAUGGCUGAGUCGUUAAAUAACGGAACAGCUUUAGAAAAGUUCAAGCAAAUGUUAAUCGAAUUGAGAGUCGACGAGAGGAUAGCAGAUGAGUUAUGUUAUGGCAGUACAACUUCCGUUUUACCAAUGGCCAAAUACGAGAUCGAAAUUAAAGCUCUUACUUCAGGUUACGUGAAUGGCAUACAUGGUAUAAAUAUUGCUAAAGUCUGUAACAAAUUGGGCGCCGGAAGACAAUUUUCUAAUCAAGCGAUUGAUCCAGCGGUCGGUAUUCGCUUACUUGUAAAAAAAGGCGAUCGUGUGGAUAUAGAUACUGUUUGUAUGGUUUUAUAUCAUAAUGAGAUUGAUUUUAAUGAAUCAUAUUUAAUUUUACUACAACAAUCGAUUGAAAUAGUGAAUGAAAUUGUAGAGCCAGAAAAUAUUUUACUGGGAGUUAUUGAUUGUAAUCAAUAG